AUGCCUGUCCACCACCUCAUGAUCGGGACCUGGACCCCGCCGGGCGCCAUCUUCACCGUCGCCUUCGACGACGAGAAGCUCACCCUCGAGCUCGUCAAGCGCACCGAGAUUCCCAAGGACGAGCCCAUCUCGUGGAUGACCUUUAGCCACGAUAAGAAAAACCUCUACGGCGCCGCCAUGAAGAAGUGGUCCAGCUUUGCCGUCAAGAGCCCGACCGAGAUCGUUCACGAGGCAUCUCACGAUAUGACCCAUGAUCCAAACGCCGCCCUUUCGACGACAAACACCCGCGCAAUCUUCCUCCUUGCAGCCCAGAAACCCCCCCACGCCGUCUACUGCAACCCAUUCUACAAGCACGCCUCCCACGGCAACAUCUUCGCCGUCUCCCCCACCGGCGGCCUCCGCACCAACGUCCAGAACUACCCUUACGACCAAAAUUCUGGCAUCCACGGCAUGGUCUUCGACCCGACCGAGACCUACCUCUACUCAGCCGACCUCACCGCCAACAAGCUCUGGGUCCACAAGAAGCGGUCCCCGGACGCCCCCGAGCUUGACCUCGUAGGCUCCGUCGACGCCCCCGACCCGGGUGACCACCCACGCUGGGUCGCCAUCCAUCCCACGGGAAAGUAUCUCUACGCCCUCAUGGAGGCCGGUAACCGUCUCUCCGAAUACGUCGUCGACCCCUCCACCCGCCUCCCCGUCUACACCAAUCGCUCCUUCCCGCUCAUCCCGCCAGGCAUCCCCGGCGCCAAGACCAAAAUGUACCGCUCCGACGUCUGCGUCCUCUCCCACAGUGGCAGGUAUCUCUUCGCCACGGCUCGUUCCAACAGCUUUGACGUCACAGGCUACAUCGCCGCCUUCAGGCUCGACGACAACGGCCACAUUGAGAGGCAGAUCUGCUUAAACCCCACGCCUACCAGUGGAGGCCACAGCAACGCCGUCAGCCCGUGCGACUGGAGCGACGAGUGGCUUGCCAUCACCGACGACCAGGAGGGUUGGAUCGAGAUUUACCGCUGGCAGGACGAAUUCCUCGGCCGAGUGGCGAGAUUGCGUAUCCCUGAGCCCGGGUUCGGAAUGAACGCCAUUUGGUACGAUUAA